AGCCAUGGCGGGCCUUGGUCCCAGGGAGGUGGAGGGACACAGGCUACAACCACAAGCAGUGUACAGCUGGACCACUGGCUCCCGCAAGGGUCGGCAGAGCUGUGCUUCCUGACCUGGGGUAACCUGGAGGUCCUUGGGCAGAGGGCAGAAGGCAGAGACCGGGACUGCUCUGCCUUAGCUGGUCUGGACGUGAGGUUGGCUUUCCAUUCUCGGUGGACUCUGCCAGGGGGGAGCUGUGGGUCCUGUGCUGUACUACAGAUGAGAAGACUGAGGCCACACAGGGGUGGUCCUGUACCUAGGGCUGCAACAAGCUUAGCAGUUCCACUGACCGGCACGGCCCAUCUCGGAACCCUUGUUUUCUGAAGCCACUGGGCUCUGGCUGCCCACCGCCUGCAGUCACUGGUGCUGGCAGGUUGUACCGUGGUGGGUAGCCACUCGUUUUUUGCUGGGAGUAGCAGAGCAGAGCGUGUCGUGGCUGCCACGUGGACAGGCUGAGCCCAAGCUGGCUGUUCCGGGUGAGAAGCCCAAGACCUCUCCGUGUUUGGGGAAGUGAGUGUGCCUCCCCGAGAAGGCCCCUGGGCACAUGCGCUGGUGGAGGCGUUGGCUGACUCCAUCACCUGAUAGUCCAGGCUGGCCCAUGUGGGUCACUCCGCCCCUUCCCCUGGCUGAGUGCUGCCCCCUCUAAAUAUAGCCCAGUGGACUGAACUCAGGCCUAUUUUAGGCCCCGGCUGGGAGGUGGUGGCCGGGCUCCGAGAGGAGCCACUGCUGCCUUUGUCCGGUCCUGCUGCUACUGAGCACCCUCAUCUGCCCCUCGACUGCCCACCAGCUGCCAUGCCCGAGGAGACCCAAGAAGACACUGUGGCAUCAGUGCCAAGCCAGAGGAGCAGGGGGCCGCUGGCCCCCAACCACGUACAAGAGGUGUGCCUGCACCGAGUGGAGUCCAUCAGUGACCUGGACAGCGGAGGCUCACUGCACCCCUACCUGACUGAAGAGACUCGACCUUGGGACGAGCUGCUGGGUGUCUUGCCCCCGUCACUGUGUGCCCAGGCUGGCUGCGGCCCCCUGUGUGGCCGUGGGGGGUUCCUGCUGCUGCUGGCGCUGUUGGUCCUCACCUGCCUGGCGCUUGCCAUCCUAGCCGUCUACUUGAGCGUGCUGCAGAGUGAAUCCUUGCGUGUCCUGGCGCACACGCUGCGCACGCAGGAGGAGACGCUGCUCAGACUCCGCCUGGCCAGCCUCAGCCAGCUGCGGCGGCUCAACUCCAGUGAGGCCCGAGCGCCCAGCUGAGACACCACUUGGACCUGGGGCCUGGGUGUGUGUGUGGGGGGUGGGAAUAAAGCAGCCACUGGCAGGUGUUUGCCAUGGUCAGCCAUGUCUACUUGAAGUCCUUGGUGAGAUUUUAUAUACACAGGUGCCCGUGCCCCCCGACUUUCAGGCCAGGCCUGGCCAUGCUUUCUGGUGCGUCCUGCUUGGGUGGCCCCAGGUCAGAGGAAGGGGCGCCAGCCUCCGGGGGGAUGUCUCUACUGGCCUGUCAGUGUCCUCUGGCCACCCCUGGGUGGUUCCGAAGUCUAGAAUUAUCUGCCACUCUGCUGGGCCUCCCAGCGGGGGUCCAGCCUCAGCUCUCAGAGACGGUAGGAGCCGGGAUCACCUGAGGAGAUGCUGCCUUGCAGGGCAAAGGUGAGACUGGGGAGACUCCAAGCCUGGGG